AUGAAGCAGAGUUACUCGUGGCCGGACUGUUUGGUGACUCUGAGGGUGAACCCCAUCACAAGGACGUACACGAUAGUGAACAGUGACGGGUAUUGUUCCUGCGUUGAUCAGAAGGACAGUGGACGGAUAGCAGAGUUCGCUAACAAGGAUAGUGACCAGAAUAGCAAUAGUGAUCGAGUGAUUGACGGAAGAGUUGUUAACUCCGAGACCUUAACGGUAAAUCUGUCUAGCGAUGAAGUUGCGAUUGAAAGUGCCGAUCAAUUUCCGUCGAGUGACGUUGAGCUGAAAAAUACUCGAGUUAUCUUCACAAUUGGCGAAGAAACCUCCCGGAGUGAAAUCGCCAAUUCCGGGCUUCCGAAUCAAUCCGUUGAUAAAUUAAUCGAGGACGUAAAGCUCGUGAUUGAAAGUUCUGAGAAAGAAGGGGGGGAUUCAUUAUUGAUCAAGAAAAUUAUAACACACGACAAACUCGAUUACCAAUGCCGGUCCGUAAGCUCGGAGAACGACCCCCCUGUUAUUACAGUGAUCGAUUUCGACGGGCCGAACACCUCCGACCCGAAACCGUGGAUAAAUGCUCAACAGGCGUGCAGCAAAUGCAAAUCCGAGAGCUACUUGAAGCAAGUGGAUCCCUUUCGCGCUUCCGUUGAAAACGCGGUCAAGAGAUUCGACAGGGAACAUGGUCGGUUUAAUUACAAAAAUAACAGAAUUGUCGAACGAAGGUUCAGGUCUAGGUCAGCUACUUACGAAAUUCCCCCGAAUAUUGGUAGGAUUUUUGGCCGCAGGACUAAGAGUUUUGCAGAUCCUAAGUCUGGGAACAAAAAGAAUGAUGGAUGCCUUUCCGCGGAGGCUAAUCACAAGAAGGAGGUGCUUCUGAGAGGACACUAUUAUCCGGAAGGCGGAUGGGGUUUUAUUAUUGUUACUUGUUCUGCUUUGGUUCAUUUGCUGGGAGUCGGUCUACAGCUUUCUGUUCCUGGGACUGUUUACAUUUCUGCGGAAUUGAAAUUCAAUCAUCCGCCGGUUGACUUUUCAGAAGGCUUAUACAGAGAAGUUUACCGGCAACAACUACAACUGCGGAAUACUAAUUUAGUUUUAGCUCAUAAAUACGUGCGUGCUGGUCACGUCGAAGUCGAAUUGAUGCAACAGAUGGGGGUCAAGGUAUCAAACAAAGAAAAGUAA